GAUGGAGGGGCGAAAGCACGCGUGGAAGGUAUAGAACGAACGGACUUGGUUUUUGUGCUUUGCAUUUUUUCCUUUAGCUUCUCGCGGUGUACGCACGAACACGAAGUUCUGUAUUUUCGUAGGUCACCAUGCGCCGUUCGCGCUGCGUGUUGGUGGCGCCGUGGGUGCCACCGCCGCGGCACGAUGUAAAGGUCACGAUGCCCCCUCCGCCCGGCGGCGAGGUCGGCGGCUCCUUCGGCGUGUCCAGCGGGUACAGCGACCGUCUCGCACGGACGCCGUACUGGAAGCGCAUGGCCCUCUCCACCUACGAGCUCCGUAUGCGGGAGAACGAGACCCGCUACCCGAUGAGCCCCUACCGCCCAGGGGAGUACGACCUCCGCUACACCAUCGCCCCGUACCCCGAUCACGUGAAACACCGUCCGCUGCUGGAGGUAGGCGAGGCCCGGCAGAUCCCAACGCUGCAGAUCCCAGUCAUCUUUCUCGCGAAUGUCUGGGACGACGAGAGGCAGGUGUGGCUCGGCCGGCAGCACGAAACCGUGUACGUCAAUCGCGCCUACGCGCGGGACGAGCUCAUCCCGCAGCGCUACGCCAUCUACGCGACGGAGGAGGCGUACACGCUGCUGGGCCUGCCCGUGGUGAACCACUCUCUCCACGAGGAAAUCCCCAAGACGCCGCACGAGUAUGCGCAGCUGUUGGAGAAGCAGAGCUACUCCGAGGAGCGGUGGAAGUACUCGAUUGAGUACCUCUUCCGCAAGUACGAGGCCGGCCCGCCAGAGCUGCUCGAUCGGUCGGAGGAAGGCUGGGACGGUGUGGAAGAACUCGCGACGUCGUCGGGGGCCGGCGGUGCGGGCGAUGGCUCGUCGAAGCGCAAGGGGCCGAUGAAGCAGCGCAAGGCGCGCAAGAUCAAGCUUUUCUAA